CCGCCCCCCCUGCAAUGGCACUGUCAUCAUAUACAUAUGAAAGAUUAAUACAUUUAAAUUUUAUUGCUGUGGCAUAAUGUAACAGAAAGAAAUUUAUAUAAUCUCAUAUUUAAUUAUCUCAAUAAUUCAGCAAAUUAAUAUCCCACAAGUUUGGGGCAUUUAUCGAUUUUAAAUUUCAGUCUUGUAUGAAUUUCAUACUGGUAUUCUAAUAUGAUUCACACAGUGGCACAGUUGGUAGCAGCCCAGGCUCCAGAUGAACUAAGUAGGGGUGGGGGGUGCAUGGCUUUUUUUGGGUGGGAGCAGGAGUCAGGCGUUUUGUUCAACAUAAAUGCACAAAUAAAAGUUUAUGUAAAAUGAAAACAACAUUUUGUUAAUGUAAAAUAAACUACAAUGACAAAAACAGUAACAUGUUAGUGUCCAUGAAUCACCAGAAAAUGCUGAGGAAUUAUGCUCACUGCUCAGAUUAGCAUAAACGUUAGAUCAUAUGUUGUUGAUAUCUCAGAACCUUAAUUUGUCCUGAUUCUAAAUUUGAGCUUCUGUGUUUGCUUUUGGAUUUGGCAUUGUUUUUGAACCAGAGGGAAAAAAGACUUUCCAUGGAAUUUCGGGGUUGCUCUGAAAUUUGUUUUAAGUAUUUUAUUUGUUAUAUGCUUUCUGUAAUUAUAUAUACAUUUACAGACAUAUGUAAAUAAAUAUUUGUAAUUUUUUAGCUUCAUUUAUAUGGAGGAACUUGUGGUGAGUGGGCUUCUGUAUUUUAAGUUACAUUUAUAUAAUCCUAGAUCCAACCUAUGCAAGCACACUUAAUAUAAAAAUAUUGCUUUUAAAAUGAUCCGUUCAAGUUCAAAUUAAAUACAAAUGGUGGAAAAAGGCAUCGAUUUUUAAAGAUCUUGAAGGACAACAUAUAAAAUACAUAUAGAAAUAUGAUUAAAAUUGUGUUUCUACUUUAUAGAUUUGAAGUAGUGUAGAAAAAGUUAUGAAUACUAAAAAAGCAAGGGAAUUGAAAGUUGCUUGCAUCAUCGUCAUUCUGAUUGGAUUAGAGGACCAUAACCAUCAUCAUCUCCUCCAGAAGUAUAAAGCACAACCUCAUAGAGAAGCCAUUUUUCAGUGAAUCGGAGAGAAAGAGUGAUUCUAGGUUGUGUCUUUUCCUUUUUUUUAACAUGUGGAAAAAUAUCUGCAUAAUUCUGAUGUUUGUAGUUAUUACUAGAGGAUUUGCACAGGAUGAAACAGCUUUCUGUGAAAUGCUGGGGAGCCGAGAGCUUCCUCUGAUGUCUAAGGAGGGAGAUAUUGUUAUAGGAGGAGCUUUUUCCCUUCACAGCCAAAUCUCAAAGCUUUUACUCUCCUGGACCGAGUCACCAGAACGUCUCACGUGCUCCAGAAUCAACUUAAGGGAAUUCCGGUUUGCUCAAACAAUGGUGUUUGCCAUUGAGGAAAUUAACAAUAGCAGCUUUCUACUGCCUAAUGUCUCACUUGGUUAUAAGAUAUUCGACAGCUGCGCAUCCGCGUUGUCUACGACACGUGCAGGAAUGGGUUUGAUGAACGGAGAGGGAAGGACUUUUGAAAAAAACUGCUCCGGCCAGUCGUCCAUUCAUGCCGUAGUUGGAACCUCUGAGUCUUCCACGACCAUUGUGAUGUUACAAAUUUCAGGGAUUUUCCAAAUGCCAGUGAUAAGUCACUUUGCAACAUGUGCUUGUCUCAGUAACAGAAAGGAGUAUCCCUCCUUUUUCAGAACCAUUCCCAGUGACUACUAUCAGAGCAGAGCGCUGGCCAAACUGGUAAAACACUUUGGCUGGACUUGGGUCGGGGCAGUAAGAAGCGAUAAUGACUACGGUAACAAUGGGAUGGCGACUUUUAUUGAAGCCGCGAAUCAGGAGGGGAUUUGUGUCGAAUACUCUGAAGCCAUCUCAAGGACUGGCUCCAGAGAGAAUGUGGAGAGGGUUGUCCGGGUGAUCCGUGGAGGUACAGCGAGUGUUUUAGUUGCAUUCCUGGCUUAUGAUGAGAUGGAUGUUUUGCUGGAGGAAGCGUUGAGUCAAAACCUGACUGAGUUACAGUGGGUCGGCAGUGAAUCCUGGAUUACAUCAGCUCAUUUGGCUAAGAAGAGGUACUCUGGCAUACUAAGCGGGACGCUGGGCUUUGCAAUAAGAAAGGCAAAAAUCUCAGGCCUGCAAGAUUUUCUCUUGAAGGUGAACCCAAGUCAGGAACCUCAGAGUAACCUGCUGAGAGAGUUCUGGGAAACAACAUUUGCGUGCAGUUUCCGGUCCAGUACGCCUGACACAAAAUUAUGUUCUGGCGUUGAGAGUCUUCGAGAUGUAGAUAACGCUUUCACAGAUGUGUCAGAACUGAGGAUAUCCAACAACGUGUACAAGGCUGUGUAUGCUGUUGCUCAUGCCUUGCAUAGCAUGUUGAAUUGUAAGCAAGGUGGUGAAAAUGUGACUCACCCUUGCAAAUUAAGAGAUCGUCCAGAGCCAAGACAGGUUGUGAAAUAUCUCCAGGACAUUAAUUUUACUGUCGAGUCGGGAGAGAAUGUGUAUUUUGAUGAAAACGGAGACCCCGCAGCAAUUUAUGAGCUUGUGAACUGGCAGAGAAACCCUGCAGGAGACGUUGUGUUCACAACUGUUGGAAAGUACGAUGCUUCACAUCCAGAUGGAAACCAGUUGACCAUGAAUGGAGUCAACAUCACAUGGGCCGCAGAAUCUGUGGAGAAGCCGCUGUCUGUCUGCAGUGAGAACUGCCUGCCAGGCUUCCGGACAGCGAUCAUCAAGGGCAAACCCAUCUGCUGCUUCUCCUGUGUCCCAUGCGCUGCUGGAGAGGUCAGCAACACAAGCAAUUCUGCAGAGUGCUCUCAGUGUCCGUCGGAGUACUGGUCGAAUGUCAACCACAGCAAAUGUGUUCCAAAGGUGAUUGAGUUCCUGUCAUAUGGAGAGACUAUGGGGGCCCUCCUAACUGCCUUCUCGCUGUGCGGAGCCAGUUUAACACUUGUGGUCUUGUGCGUGUUUGUCCGGUUUCGGCACACGCCACUCGUCAAAGCCAGUAAUUCUGAGCUGAGCUUCCUGCUCCUCUUCUCCCUGACUCUGUGUUUCCUCUGCUCUCUGGCUUUCAUCGGCCAGCCCACUGCGUGGUCCUGCAUGCUCCGUCAUACAGCUUUUGGCGUAGCUUUUGCUCUGUGCAUCUCAUGUAUUCUUGCUAAAACGAUAACCGUGGUGAUGGCCUUUAAAGCUAAAAGACCAGCAAACAUGUUUCCUCAGUGCUCAGCUCCACUUCAGAGAACGAGCGUCAUUGGGUGUACUUUAAUUCAAGUGUUUAUUUGUGUGAUGUGGUUAGCUUUUGCUCCGCCAUUUCCACACAAGAAUAUAGUUUACGCCAGUGAAAAGAUUAUUCUAGAGUGUGAUUUAGGAUCAGCUGUGGCGUUUUGGGCUGUGUUGGGGUAUGUUGGAUUUCUGGCUCUGCUCUGCUUUAUCUUGGCUUUUUUAGGCCGGAAGUUACCUGAUAACUUUAAUGAAGCUAAAUUCAUUACCUUCAGCAUGCUGAUAUUUAGUGCUGUCUGGCUCACAUUCAUCCCAGCAUAUGUCAGCUCUCCUGGUAAGUUUACUGUAGCGGUAGAGAUAUUUGCAAUUCUAGCCUCCAGCUUUGGCUUGCUUUUCUGUAUUUUUGCACCAAAAUGUUAUAUUUUGCUACUGAAACCUGAGAGGAAUACUAAAAAACAUUUGAUGGGAAGACACAAGCCUUAGAAAAAAAAAUACAGUGGUAAAAUAGUCUACAUUCAGCUGCUAUUAGUUUCUGAAUGCUUUCAUAAUUUCUUUGGUUCUUUAUGCUUACUUUUCACUAAUUAUUUAGAAAAAUCCAUUCACAAUCCAGUACAUGUUUAACCAUUACUUGUUGAUAUACCUGUUGAUACUGUAUACACACUGAGCAACCUCAAUAAUGGCAAAAUAACUGACAUUAAGUACCAAUACCAGGGAAUGUACUGUUUUUAUUACAGCACUUGAUAUUAUAAAAUGCUUAGGUUGAAACAGUAAAGUAAGGCAAAUUGGAAAAAAAAAAUUAAAAGUUUAUACAAAUUACAGUGAAACAGAAUUA